UCCCCUGUCAUUGCGGAGGAGAAGAGUAGAAGGAGGAGUGCUGCAUGCCAGCCGGAGACUAGAAUGAGCGCACUACCCCCUCUGGCUGGUGCUGUGACCUGCACUACCCGCUGAAUGAUGGGGCUAGGACGUGUGCUACGUGCAGGGGACAUGCUGACACUGACAUGGAUAGAGUCCAUCAGCUGGGGCAGCCUGUAAAGAGUGAAGUCCAGCCAUCCAGUCAAGACCAGGGGAACUCCAGAGCUGUGUCCACUUCACAGGGUGCCAGGAUGGGGGUAGACAGGUACCCAGAACUCACCAUCAAAGCGUCUCACCCGCUUCCGGACGUCCACUUGUCAGUCAAUGCAUUGAAUGGGGGCAACAGGUGCCACCUGCACCCCUUAGCCCUGCUGAAGAAAACUGCCACUGAGGACCUGUCCGCCGAAGCCGAGGAAGAGGCUCCAUUGGCAUCAUGCACCAUGGCACUAGUGAGGACACGGGUGGCACCCAACGGGGAAAUGCCAAUGUCCAGACCUGCCGCCAUAUUCAACAGGGACGUAGCCGGUGCCUAUUCAAGGGAGUUGGAAGCUAGCAGCAGUUGCCAAGACGUGGCGGUGAAUGGGCGAAGGGAUGCGUUGCCCGUUAAAAGAAAAUGGACUGGCGGCGGGUUGGCGGAGAAUACCGUUAUGGUGAUGGCACCAGAGAGCGGAUCUUCUGUAUUCCCUCCCAUGGAGGGAAAGAGGUGGAAAAACGAGGUACAUGCCGAUGCCCAGACCCCUCAAGACCAUACCUGCAGGCAGGAAGGGCCCAAUAGCGCCAUACCGGCAAGGAACAAUAAUUUGGUGGUCACUGCCCAAAAAAUGGCCUUAGAAUAUAUAGUCCCGUGCAUGACUUACUACGGCAUUUGUGUCAAGGACCACUUUUUGGGGGAAGCUUUGGGCUCACGGGUCCUCGAUGAGGUGGAAUUACUUAACCGCAGUGGGAAGUUCCGGGACGGACAGCUGGUCAGUCAGAGGACCAUACCAUCCAAAAACAUUCGUGGUGACCAGAUCGCCUGGGUGGAGGGGAAGGAGCCUGGGUGCGAGAACAUCGGGAUCCUCAUGUCCAAGAUAGACGAGGUUAUCAUGCACUGUAGUGGAAAACUAGCCAACUACGCUGUUAAUGGCCGAACCAAGGCAAUGGUGGCUUGUUACCCUGGGAAUGGGAUGGGAUAUGUACGGCACGUGGACAACCCAAACAGAGAUGGACGCUGCUUAACUUGCAUAUACUACCUAAAUCAAAACUGGGACACAAAGGUUCAUGGGGGGCUUCUACAAAUCUUCCCAGAAGGCCGAUCAGUUGUAGCCAAUAUUGAGCCAAUGUUUGACCGUCUAUUGAUAUUCUGGUCUGAUCGGCGGAAUCCUCAUGAAGUAAAACCAGCCUAUGCCAUGCGGUAUGCAAUUACUGUCUGGUAUUUCGAUGCAAAAGAACGAUCAGAGGCCAAAGAUAAAUACAGAUUAGCCAGUGGACAGAAAGGAAUUCAGGUUCCUGUCUCAAAUGGCGGCACCGUGUGACGGGGUCCAGCAAAUCUCCUAGCGGUCAUUCUGUGGGGGCCUCUGUGGAAUCGAAGCUGCUAUCACCCUUCCAAGGGCUGAACGCCGGUUGUCAGGCACAACGGAGGAACCUACCCGCGGCUGUGGAGAUCUCAUCUUCUUACUGCCAUUUAUUAGAUUUGCCCGCUUGGCCUAUAAGGAUUUUCUUGAAAUGUGAAUAGGACAUGCAGAUGGGGUCGCAUCCUGCAGAACAUUGC